ACCAUUGCUGUCUGUUCUUUAGGUGCGUUUGGUGUUGAGACGGAUGAAAUGAAGUCAGUGUCAGUGAUGGAGGGAGGUUCUGUCACUCUACAGACUGAUACUGAAAUAAUAAAAGAUGAUCUGAUUCUGUGGAGAUUCGGAGAUGAAGACUCUCCCAUGGCUGAAGUCAACAGAUCAGCCCAGAUCAUCUCAGUUUCUGAGAGUACCAGAGGAUUCAAGGACAGAUUGCAGUUGGACCACCAGACUGGAUCUCUCACUGUCAGGAACAUCACAACGGACCACUCUGGCAUUUAUAAAGCACAGAUCAUUGGAAAUAAGAUGAUAAGAAAAAUGUUCAAUGUCACAGUUUAUGCUCGUCUGCCUGUUCCUAUCAUUAGCAGAGACUGUUCUUCAUCUUCAUCUUCAUCUUGUUCAGUGGUGAAUGUGAGUCAUGUGACUCUCUCCUGGUACAAAGGAAACAGUUUAUUGUCCAGCAUCAGUGUGUCUGAUCUCAGCAGCAGUGUCUCUUUACAUCUGGAGGUGGAAUAUCAGGAUAACAACAGCUACAGCUGUGUGCUCAACAAUCACAUCAGUAACCAGACUCAACAUCUGGACACUGGUGAACUCUGUCAGAUACAUUCAGACUCUGAAUGUGUCUGCUGUUGUGACACUACUAAAGCUGUGAUCCAAUUGGUCAUCUCUGCUCUGGUGGGUGUGGCUACUGUUGUUGUUCUGGGUUUUGAAAUCACAUCCGGAAAAGCUGAAAAGAAAAGACAGACUCAUACAAAAACAACUCAUACAUCAACUUCAGCCCUACACUGAUUCACUAUUAAAACAAUCAUCUCGAACUCUUUUUUUUUUUUUUACCUUUUUUUUUCAGAUUUUUUUUUAAAUGGUUACAAAGGAAGAAGUGUAUUUUUUAUAUGCACUGUUUAUAAUUUAGGAUUGUCUAUGUUUGUGUAGAAAAUAGCUU